AUGAGUCAAUAUCAUUUGCAAUACAGAUGGAUUUGUGAUGUUUUUCAACAAAUUAGUAAACUUCCAUCACCAUCACCAUCAUCAUACAAGGCCAAAUCCUUUGGAAUUAUCACAUCACCCUUUGAUGCUAGUGAUAUAAUCUAUUUGAAUAAUCAAUCUACUAGUAUAAUUGUCAUAGCUUCUAGUAGUGGUAGAUUAGAUAUUUUUCUUGAAGUUGAUAAAAUUGAAGCGUUUUGA